AUUUUCCGAGUCCUUACGAGAUUUGUUAAUGUUUUAUACAAGAUAUCGUGUUACCAAACUAAGGUUGAUUUUAAGAUUAAUUAGUUUUAAUUUGUUCAUCAAACCAUUUACCUGGCGUGCAGAUGGGAUCCAAAUGUCUGUCAUGCACUAAACCUAUUGUAUAUAUAAUAUAAUCUGCACAUUACAAAGAAGUUAACUUGAACAAUAUCACCUACGAAUAUCUAGCUCCAACAUCAGAAAGUUAAAGUUUUUUUCAUAUCAUCAAAUUAAAAUAUGAAGGUGAGAUAACUUGCAAUGAUUACUCUGUAUGCUAGCAUUUAUUUGAAAAUAACUUUAUAUAUGUGUGUUCUUCGGACACUGCCAUAUGCUGCAGCAGAGAAUAGUUAUAAAGGUGGAAGUGGAGAGUGAAAAAUGCAGAAGCAAAGUCCUAACAGUCGCUGCCAAAUCUCAAGGAGUGCUUUCACUAUCCUUAGAAGGCGAAAGCAGAGACCGAGUGGUGGUUACCGGAGAUGGAGUCGAUGCUGUUCAAUUAACCAAUCAGCUCAGAAAGAAAUUCCGCUAUACCACGCUAAUAAGUGUGGAAGAUAUGGAAGAAGACGAAGAAGAAGAUGAAGAAGAGGAGGAGGAGGAGGAGGAAGAAGAAGAAGCCGCGCCAAAGGAAAAUUCACCACGCUCUCAUCCACCACCUUUUCAAAUUUGCACAACCUAUCUUCAAGGUUGUCCAUUAUGUACCGGCUUUGUUCCACCUUCUCCCAUGCAUAGUCACGUGGUUUAUGAUUCCGACCACAAUAGCUGCACCAUCGUCUGACUUAAUUUACCUGUAGGAGAUGGCUGGAUAUAGAUAUGUUUUUCAUGUGUUAUUAUUCUAUUUCUAUUGGUCUGGUUGAAUUUAUUUUUAAAAAAAUAUAUGUAAUGGAAAAAAAUUGUUACUAAAAAAAGUUAAGAAAGUUAUACCUCU